AUGACCAGAGUACUCUUGACGGGUGGAAGUGGCUUCAUCGCCGCGCAUACGCUCGACGUGCUUCUGAGCCACGGCCACUCAGUGGUCACCACUGUCCGUACCCAGGAGAAGGCCGACAAGAUCAAGGAGGCAUAUAAGAGUCACGUCGACAAGGGACAGCUCGGAUUUGCCAUUGUACCCGACAUUGCACAGCCAGAUGCCUUUGAAAAGGCCGUGGUCUCAGACCCGCCAUUCGAGGCCGUUCUUCACACAGCCAGUCCGUUCCACUUCAACGUCACAGACGUGCAGAAGGACCUCAUCGACCCUGCUGUCAUUGGCACAACAGGAAUCCUGAAGUCGAUCAAGAAGAGUGCGCCUUCAGUGAAGCGCGUCGUCAUCACAUCGUCUUUCGCUGCCAUUGUCGAUGGCAGCAAAGGCUUCUGGCCUGGUCACGUAUACUCCGAGGAUGACUGGAAUAACAUCACCGCGGAGGAGGCCAAAGAGAACCCCAUGAUGGGUUACCGUGCGAGCAAGACUUUCGCCGAGAAAGCUGCGUGGGACUUUGUCAAGAACGAGAAGCCGAAUUUCACACUUGCAACCAUCAACCCGCCCAUGGUUUUCGGACCCAUUGUGCAUCCGCUCGACAGCCUCGAGAACAUGAACACAUCGAACCAACGCAUCCUGGCGGCCGCUCAAGGCAAGUUCAAGGAUGAGAUUCCACCCAGUGGUGUGCAUUUCUGGAUCGACGUGCGCGAUGUCGCCGAGGCACAUGUAGCUGCUUUCGAGAAGCCUGAUGCCGCGAACAAGCGCUUCUUCACAACCGCUGGGUAUUUCAGCAACAAAGAGGUAUGCCAGAUCAUCAGGAAGAACUUCCCCGAGUUCAAGGACCUCCCCAGCGACUCGACGCCGGGCGGCGACUAUCCAGAGGGCACACCCGACAAGGGCCUGUACAAGUAUGACAACAAGCGAUCGAUCGAGAUCCUUGGGCUGAAGUACAAGACACUGGAAGAGUGCAUCGUUGACACGAUCAAGUCGUUCCAGAAGAAGGGGUUGUAA